ACAUGCGCGAUGUAAAAAGAGAAAGGGAACUUGGAAAAUCUUUGAGAUUUUUUUUUAAAUGACACUAAGAGUUUUUGAAUGGGCGACUCCCAAAAAUCAAAAGUGCGGAUGACGAUAAAAAAAAAUCAAUAAACUAUUUAAUUUAAAAAAAAAUAAAAAUAAUUAAUAAAUAAAUUUGAACUUGAAACAAAUAUCAAUACAAAAAUAUAAAAAUAAUAAAUACAUUAAACUGAUCUUCCUUAACAACGACUCGCACAAAAAAUAAUACUUUUUUAAAUUUUAAUUUCCAACAUCGAAAAUGAAUAAGACUGAUUACUUGAACAGUGUUUAUUCUUGAUAAAGAAAAAAAUAAUAAUUGAAACAUUAAAUAAAUAAAAAAAAAUAUAUAGUGAUUGGUAGGCGCGUUCUCCAAGCCUAUGAAGGCUCACCGAUGUCCUGAUAAUCGAUAAAGGUUCUUGAAAACGUGUCGUAACACAUCAACGAUCGAUUGGCAACUACAUUUUAUUUUAUUCGUAAAUGUUUAAGAUAAUUAUUAAUCAUAUAAAAAAACUAAACAGUGUUUAUAAUGUAAAGAAAUUAAAAAUUGUAAUCAUGACUGAUGAAAUUUCUUUAAAAAACCACAGGAUUACAUAAACUAAAACGCUAAACAAAAAAAGAGACUAUUUGAUUUAAAAUUAUUAAAUUUUAAAUAAUUGGAAUUUAAUUGCCGAGUAAUUUGAAAAAAAAAAACAAUAAGUUGAACAAUGGAGGCUAGCGAGUGGGAUCACGCGACCCUUAGGGAGGAGGAGUUUGAACUACACGCGGUUUACUUGGUACCGGAUGUCUCGACGUCGGCGAACGAGUCAAAUCGGGCGGAGGCAUCAUUACCGAGAAAUCUUGUUCUAAAGCAAUCUCAAGCACUUAAUGAUGUUUUGGGUGUUUGGAGUACGAGUUAUAUCCCCAAGGGAACUCGAUUUGGACCCUUAGUUGGCCAGCAAUAUACUAAAGAUUCUGUACCAGUCGACGCCAAUCGAAAGUACUUUUGGAGGGUUUAUAAAGACAAUGAAUUGUUUUACUACAUCGACGGAUACGAUAUCCAAAAAUCUAAUUGGAUGAGAUAUGUAAAUCCCGCGUACUCAUCUGAGUCACAAAAUUUGAUAGCCUGUCAAUAUAAAAUGAACAUUUAUUUUUACACAAUAAAACCAAUUCUACCGAACCAAGAAUUAUUAGUAUGGUACUGUCGAGAAUUUGCAGAAAGAUUAAAUUAUCCAUUUACGGGAGAGCUUAUGCUUCAGCGAAUACGCCAGCAAGUUCAACAAUCGGCAUUACCAUCAAAUGAAAUACCAACAUCAUCAGAUGUGUCAAUUUCAUUAAGCGAGAGGAUAACCUUGAAGGACUCAGUAGUGUACGAGCGACGGUGUCAAAUGACACCAACGGAAGGAUCAGUGAGAUCCGACGAGGGUUAUCAUUCAAACGGUUAUCACGAUGAGAUUCUCACGCCGCCUCAUGAAGAGAGCAGCGAAUCAGACUCCGAGAACAACUACGUUCUUGACUUCAGUAAAAACACAAGAACAACAUCCUCGUCGUCGCCACCAUCACCACCACCGCCGCCGUCAUCAAACGGCAACAGUGUGAUAAAACAAGACACCGUAGUUAUAAAAAAUGAAUACAGAAAAGUUAAGAUAAAGAUAAGCAAGACUUACAAUAACUUCCAGUCAAGCAAAAAUCAAGAUAUCAAAGACAAAGAAGAAAUAAUUCGUGCAGUAACACCGGAAAUACCACAGAAAUCAGCAUCCCCGAUAAUCCAAAAAGCAACAAUUAUUUCUACAUCAACAGACGAUGAUAUGGAAAAAAAAUCUAAAGCUUUUUACGAGCUGGAGGUGAAAGGUAAUUCUCCUCCAAUGUCUACGACCGGUCGGACAUCAUGUAUGACAAGUCCAAGUAGUUCGAUUCUAGAAAAUAUUCUUUUAAGAAACAAUACUGAUAAUAAUAACAACACUAAUAUACAUCAAGUUCAUAGUAAUCAUCAUCAAGCUCAAAAUCACAAUCAAAUUCAUAUAGAUUCCGUAACCCCGCCACCUUCAAGCCCGACAGAAAUGGCAUACUCGUACAAAAAAUCACACAGAUACGGUAAUAUUUUGCCCUGUAGUCCAGAUUCAAGUUCGAAUUUACCUGUACAGACAGAGUGUACCAGUUCGUCGGUUAAUUCAACUUGCAAUGUACCUAUGCUUCAAAGUUCAGUUAACCCGCACUCAAGUACGGGAAAUCUUCUUCAUCCUUGCAACUCCAACAUUCACUCAGUCAGUGGUAAUAUUCAUUCCAGUACGGUCUUAACAUCAACGACAAGUGUCCUUCAUCCUGCAACAAACAGCACUGGCGGUUGUCAAAAUAAAUCACGGAAAAGAAAAAGAAGUCCAUCACCUACUACGACAACUGCAUCAACGACACCAUCACCAUCUCUAGGACCAUCAACGAUAAUGUAUUCCAGCUCAAGUGCUCCCCAUAUUGAGUCAAAUUAUUCAACGCCGAUAAAUAAUCCAAGUGUGUCACCAUUGUCACCAAUACAGUCACCAUCAUAUCCAUACGGAUUAUAUCAUCAAAACAGUACAGCGCAUCAGCAUAUCGCGCCACUGUCAAUAAAUUGUUCGGCUUAUUCACCAACACCCUCUAGUAAUAUUAUUUAUGAAAGAAAUGACAGCAGAAGACAUGAACCAAAUGGUCAUCAGCUGCCUACUUCGUCUACGAUGCAAAUCGAUAACCAAGCAAAUUUAUUUGCUGGUACCCACAACCUCCACUUGGGCCAUCAUCCUGGUCUAACGAUCCACACAAAUUCUUCUUCGCUCAAUAGAUACUCACCGGCGAGUUCUCUGUCUCCGGAUGAUCACGCUUGCUCUCAGAGCGGUUCGCUCAGUCCUAAUUCUCAAGGCUCUAGAGGAUAUCGGUCUCUGCCUUAUCCGCUUAAAAAAAAAGACGGGAAAAUGCAUUACGAGUGCAAUGUUUGCUGUAAAACUUUCGGACAACUGUCAAAUCUUAAAGUUCAUUUACGAACACACUCAGGAGAAAGACCAUUUAAAUGUAAUGUUUGUACCAAAAGCUUUACUCAGCUCGCACAUUUACAAAAGCAUCAUUUGGUGCACACAGGCGAAAAACCUCAUCAAUGUGAAAUAUGUCAGAAGAGGUUUAGCUCAACUUCGAAUCUCAAGACCCACCUAAGACUGCACUCUGGCCAGAAGCCGUACGCUUGUGACCUUUGUCCAGCAAAAUUUACCCAGUUUGUUCAUCUUAAGCUGCACAAACGACUGCAUACCAAUGAAAGACCUUACACGUGUCAGGGUUGCGAUAAAAAAUAUAUAAGUGCUAGUGGUCUCAGGACCCAUUGGAAAACCACCAGCUGCAGGCCAAACAAUAUCGAGGACGAACUUGCUCUAGCUGCUGCUGUUGGUUCUCCCACUUAUUAUGAAUAUGGACCUGAUGUUAAUGUUGGUAAUAUGCAAAAAGACUGUGAGUUAGAGCACAUAGAAAAUUAUGAAAGGCGUAAUAGUGCACAUUCAACGUCGUUGCACAAUCUGGACAAUUCAGUGGGUCGACCGAGUGUUAUAGAAAGCUCUCAACCACAUAUUAUUGAAUGUACUUAAGAGAUAAAUUUAUCUAAAAGCUCCAAGUAGUCCAAUAUGAUAAUUGGACACAACCAUGGGACCCUAUGGCUUCGGAUCUGCACAAUCGGUGAUAAUUACUUCGAGUCUUAUGCGCUAACGCAAGAAAAAUUUUCGAAUUUAUGGAUAUUUAAACAUUUUUAUAUAUAUAUAAUAUAUAUAUA